AUGGCGUAUGAUGCCCGAGACCGCCAGAAUAUGGAGUUGGGAAAGAAGAAAAUCGACGCGAUGUCAUAUGGUUUCUUCAAUCUUCCUUUCAGCGUGGACGGCGCGGAGCCUCCGACGGAAAGUGUCAAUCGACCCGAGCCGGCUGAACCAGUCGAUGCUGCCAGUCCAUAUCACGAUGUUCUCGGGGGGGUGGGGGGGGGGGGAGCGCCGCUGCCAUUCGUCUCGACGCUCGAUACUGGCACCACCGGCAACUGGAUCUCGGACGACGCCCUCCAGCGGCUCCAGAUCAAGAGCGUGGCUGAGGCGCCCACGGACUGGAUCACGUUCAAUGGCAAAACGGUGCGGUCGGAAGCGGUGGCGGAGAUCACGUGGACUGGCGUUGGCAAUCGCAAGACACGCGUCACCAGCUUCCGCGUUGCAAAGAAGCCGCCCUUCGAUGUGGUCUUCGGGUCGGAGCUCAUCUUCUCAGAACAGAUCUUCUCCUUCGACAAAACGGCGUGGAUCCUAGCCAGAAAGCCAGCUACCAAAGCAGAAGCGGAGUUGAUGGCGAAAUGCAGCGAGGAAGUGCAGCGGGACAGCAAGAUGCUGGAGGAGCAGCACAAGCACCGGGCCAAGAGUGUGUCGGGGACGGGCGUGGGUGUAAGCUUGAGCAUCCGGCCACGAAAGUCAGACCUGGAGGUAGGAGGGCGUGUUACAGUACAGUACUUCGUACUUGGCCCUGUACGACCGUCCUCGCUACUGAAUUUCUUCCCCGCUAGGUCGAGGCCCCCUGCCGUCUAG